AUGGGAGCAUUCCUAUUCUUGGUUACACCGUUACCUCGAGCUUAUCGUAAGAAGGUAUUGACUGCUUUAUCCGGUCUGCCUUUUGCUCACCACUUAGCGAUAACCUUGAGAUUUACUUUUAUAUUCAUACUGAUCCUAUUUAUUGAUUCGGUCAAUCGAGUGUACAGAGUUCAAGUCGAAGUUGCCGAAGCUCACAGUUCCAUUCGCGCUGCGGGGAACAUGAUCUCUGUAGAAAGAUCUGAGAUUCAGGCUCGCAAGUUCUAUUCCCAAAGAAACAUGUAUUUGUGUGGCUUCACCCUGUUUCUAUCAUUGAUUUUAAACAGAACUCAUGCUCUUGUUCUUGAUUUAAUGGAAGCUCAAGACAAAAUUUCUGCUCUCAAGGGAAGCUCUAAUGAUUCCGUCAAAGCUGAAACUCUUGCCACUGAACAAAAGUCAGAGAUUGCUCGUCUUGAAAAAGAGUUGGCUCGUAAAGACCAGGAUUUGCAAACUCUGAAGAAGCAGUCUGAGGCGCUGUCCAAAGAAUAUCAUAGCGUCAGUGAUCAAUUGAAUGCUAAGAGUGGUUCAGUACCUUCUGAUAAGAAACUAGAUUAG